AUGAUGGAGCACGCCUACGCUGCGCACCCGUGUCCCCGGGAGGCAGCAUCCACUUGGUGCACCAACAGCAACACGCACAAGUGGAGCUCUUCGUGGCGGGCGCGCUCGGGCCCUGGCCGACCCACGCUCCACCCUGCCUUCCCAGACGCCUCGCUGUUGCCGGCCGACCGCGACCCCGACACGGAACAAACCUGGACACUCAGGUUCAGCCCGUCUCCGCCGAAGUCCGCGGGCGCACCGCGAGCUCCCGACUCCCCACCGCCGCUUACACCCGGCCCGGCGGCCACCUUCAUCCCAGCUCGCGCCCUGGAGGGUGCAGAUCCGCUGCCCUGCUGUCCCCAGGAGCCCGCGCCCUCACGCGUCCCGGGCUCCCCGUCGCCGGCACCGACCCCAGCCGAGGGGGACCCGGACCCGCUCGCCGGCCGCCCCCGAGAAUGCGCGCCCCCCCGCGCGUCCUCGUCGCUGAAUGACGUCGUUCUGGAGACCCUGGGGCACCUGGGCCACAUCGCGGCUAUCCUGGGCCCGCUGCGAGACCAGCUCCUAACCCUGAACCAGCACGUGGAACAGCUGCGCGGCUCUUUCGACCAGACGGUUUCACUGGCUGUGGGCUUCAUCCUGGGGAACGCCUCGGCCGAGAGGGGCCUCCUGCUGGGCCAGCGAGAGUGA